AUGAAAAGGAAAUUUCACUCAUGGAAGGAAUGUAUGGAGUUACAUGAAGUAAAAUCUUUGAAGAAACUUUGUCAUCCCAAUAUUGUUAAACUGAAAGAGGUGAUUCGACAGAAUGAUACGCUCUACUUUGUAUUUGAGUACAUGGACCGCAGUCUGUACGAUGUUCUAAAGAUGAGAGACCGGUACUUUCCCGAGUCCAAAAUACGCAACCUCAUGUAUCAGAUGCUACAGGGACUAGCCUAUAUGCACAAACAAAGCUUCUUUCAUCGAGACGUCAAGCCCGAGAAUAUGUUGGUCAAGGGUGAUACCGUCAAGAUUGCUGAUUUUGGAUUGGCCAGUGACAUUUGGUCGCGGCUGCCGUUCAUCGACUAUGUGUCGACGCGUUGGUACCGAGCUCCAGAAGUGUUGCUGCGAUCUACAACUGAGGUUGAUCAAAUAUACAAGAUUUGUUCAGUGUUUGGAAACCCAACGGACUGCACGUGGCCAGAAGGAAUGAAGCUCGCAGCACAGAUGAAUUACCGUUUCCCACAGUUCGUACCGACAUCACUGGCGCAGUUUAUUCCAAACGCGAGUCCAGAAGCGCUUCAACUCAUGACGGACAUGCUUCAAUUUGAUCCAAAACAGCGACCGACAUCGAGUCAAGCACUGAUGUACUCUUUUUUCAGGCAAACCUGA